AAGCUUCAGAGACACUGUCAUUUGACAUCUUGUGAUAACAUUCUACGCCAUGGGAACCAAGUUCUUAGCUCUGUGUUUGUCUCUGUGUCUCAUCCUCUCAAGCUUUUAUAAAGUUUCUUGCCAGGAUGAAGGAACUACAGGUUUGAAUUUAGAUCUGAUUGAGCGUGAAUAUCAAGCUUCUCUCCAAGGCAACGAAGGAGGAGACCAGAUCAGUGGUCAGAAAAACAGUACAGUGACUGAUAACAACACAAUAUCUCUGUCUCUAUCAGAAGAAUCUGUGGAAACUACUAAAGAUUCUGCUGAUACCUCGUCUCAGUUAGGAGUUGUUACUGAUGAAGUCAAUAAACCUUCGAGUAUGUUGGACCAUAUCGAACUUGAGUUCCAAGCACAAAUCAAUGAACUUAAACAAGCUGGAUCUGAUGGUAUCAACAAAAAUGAUGAAUCUAAGGAUGAUCAAGAACUAGCUGCUCAGAGGAAGAAAAUGUUGGAAGAGAUUGAACGCGAAUUUGAAGCUGCUGCUGCUGGAUUUGAACAAUUCAAGAUUGAUGAUUCCACUCAAGGAGAAGAUGAUGAACAAUCUGCAAUGAGAAAGAGCAUGCUAGAAGAGAUUGAACGCGAUUUUGAAGCUGCUACAAAAGGUCUUGAACAACUAAAGGCUGAUGAUCUAACCGGAGUCAACGACGCAGAACACGCUGCAAGGAGACAGAAGAUGUUGGAAGAGAUUGAAAGAGAGUUUGAAGAAGCUACAAAAGGUCUUGAAGAACUAAGGCAUUCAACCUCAAGCACAGAUGAUGAAUCUCUCUCUGCAAGGAGACAAAGUAUGCUAGAUGAGAUCGAACGUGACUUUGAAGCUGCUACAAGUGGUCUUAAACAGCUUAAGAUUAAUGCUUACACUGUCGAAGAUGAUGACAAAGAACAAGCUGCCAGGAGACAAAGUAUGCUAGAUGCAAUUGAGCGUGAGUUCGAAGCCGUUACAGAAAGUUUUAAGCAGAUUGAUGAUCUUGCUGAUAACAAAGAUGAGGGAGACGAAUCUGCAAUGAGGCAAAGCAUGUUGGAUGAGAUUGAGCGUGAAUUCGAAGCUGCUACAAGUAGUCUUAAGAAACUAAACCUUGAUGAUUUCACUGAAGGAGAUGACAGUGCACAUAAUGCAAGGAGAAAUAGCAUGCUUGAAGCUAUCGAACGCGAGUUUGAAGCUGCUACAAAAGGUCUUGAAGAGCUAAAGGCUAGUGAUUCAACCCAAGGCAAUGAUGAUGAUGAACACUCUGCAAGGAGAAAGAGUAUGCUUGAUGCUAUUGAACGCGAGUUUGAAGCUGCCACAAGAGGCCUUGCAGAGAUCAAGAAUCAUGAAGAACAAGCUGAAACUCAGGGAAACAGUAUGUUGGAAGAAAUAGAACGCGAAUUUGAAGCAGCUGCGGCAAGUGCAAAGGCUGCUGAAAAAGACUCAGCUGCAAAGAAUCCACCAACCAUAAGUAUAGUGCAGAAAACUGGUGGGUUUGACAGUCUUCUAAAGCCUGCAGAUGGUGUCUGUGGUUGUUUCAACAAAGACAAAGAGGGUCUUAAGGCAGACACAGAUUCUUCCAUUAACCUAGCAGAGAUACUCGCUGAAAAAUCAAAAUCCCAGGACUCAGAGACCUCUAGCCUCACCACAUCACUGACCAAUCUUGUCCACACCCAUAGAAAAGAAACAACCUCAAAGGUAAGCACAGUCCUUGGCUCAUCAGUUACUUCCACAACAAGCGAAUCAUCCGCUACAUCAGAAACCCUAGAGAGCUUAAAGCAAACCCUAAAGAAGCUACGCGGUCUAACCGCACGUGACCUAGUACACCACCCGAACUUCGACGAGAUUAUAGAAGCCGGUACACGUUACGAGGUACUCAGCUCAGCUUCCAUUGGUUACAUCUCUUUACUAGCCAAAUACAAAACCGUCAUCAAAGAAGGACUCGAGGCUUCUCAGAGAGUCCACCUCGCUCGAACCCGCGCCAAACUUCUCAAAGAAACCGCCGUGGAGAAGCAGAGAGCCGUGGACGCGGAGUUCGCGCUCGCUAAGAGUCUUGCUCAGGGAGGAGACGCGCUGUCCAUCAAAAUCUUCGCCAUCAAGAAACUGUUGGUUAAGCUUGAAGCGGAGAAAGUGAGCGUUGAUCUGAAGUUUAAGUCGACGGAGACUAAUCUAGGGCGACUUCUUAAGGAGGCUUCUCAGGCUUAUGAAGAGUAUCAUGCGGCUGUGCGUAAGGCAAAAGACGAGCAAGCUGCUGAGGAGUUCGCUCUUGAGACGACUAAGAGAGCAGAACAUAUUUGGGUUGAGUUUCUUAGUUCACUUAACUGAUGAACUAAUGAGAUUCUUGCUUGCUUAAAGCAUAGUUGUGGUUCUUGUCUUGUUUUUAUUGGUGUUGUUUUGUUACAGACUUUGUUUGUUGGUUAUAUCAGGAGAAAGAGGUUGAACACAAAUCAUGUAUUAGUCCAAAGAACUGAACCGUAUAGAUUUAAAAAUAAACCAUUUUCAUAAAUA